GUUUUCCUAUCAAGUGCCUCGCAAAGUUGCUCUUGGGAGGAAUAAAAAUGUCCCUAGAGGAGGAAAGACGUGCAUCAAGUGAACGGCGCCGCAAUAUCCUGCACCUCAUUGUUCAGUUCCUUGAAGAUUUAGGACUCUGUGAUAGUCGCGAGAGUCUCGUAGCUGAAGCCAAGAUUCCCAAUGAUGUCCAGGUGUGUGACAAUGUGGAUUUGGAGACAAUGUAUCUGGAGUUUGUCAGUUAUUAUCACAUCAAAUUUGGACGUGCCCCAAAAAUUGUGAAACGAGUCACGCGACAAGAGGCUCGAAAAUCUGCUCAUCGUACUUCUCGUCCCCUCAACUCAGCUCCCAAAAAUUCAGGAAAAUUGGGGAUGGGGGGAAGUCAAACUAGUGACACGUGGAACAGUCUGUCGGUCGUGCAAAUAUGUGCGAGUUCACAUGCUUCCAUUGGGGAUGGGGAAAAGUUCGGUCGUCCAAUGCUCUCAUCUUUUGAGAAUUCAUCUCCAGAAUGGCGGGAAAUUGCUCAACUAGUUUGCAAGGAUCUUGUAUCGGAUGGAGUGAAAGUUUCCUGGAGUGAAGUUAUUGGUGCGAAAAAUGCCAAAGAAGUAUUGAAAGAGAGUGUUAUUUUACCUCUUGAGUAUCCCAAUCUCUUCCGUGAAGGCUCCAUGGAGCCCUGGAAGUGUGUACUGCUUCAUGGUCCUCCAGGCACAGGAAAAACUCUCUUGGCCAGAGCUCUGUGUGCAGAAACACGUGGGAAAGUUUCUUUUUUCAAUAUUUCUUCCAGUACAAUUAUUUCGAAAUGGCGUGGGGAAUCUGAGAAGUAUCUCAAGGUUCUGUUCGAUGUAGCAAGGUUUUACUCACCUUCAGUUAUUUUCUUUGAUGAAAUUGAGGGACUGACUUCCCGUAGGGAUUCAGCUACGGAACAUGAAGCUUCCAGACGAAUGAAAAGUGAAUUUCUGGGAUUAUUGGACGGAUUUACUCCAUCAAAUGGAAUUUUUGUGCUCUGCAAUACGAAUCUUCCUUGGGAGAUCGAUCCUGCUUUCUUGAGGCGUUUCGAACAAAAAAUCCUCGUUGAUCUUCCAAGUGCCGAAGAUCGGAUAGAAAUGGUGAAGAAUCUCUUGCCGGGCAGCUCAAAAUGGACUAAUGGGGCUUUCGAGAGAAUAUCCAAGAUCACAGAAGGUUUCACGGGAGACGACUUGAGAAUUGCAUGCAAGGAUUCGCUGAUGAGACAAGUCAGAAAAUUUAUUGGGGCGCAAAAGGAUGCAAGCAGAGCUCCAAAUCAACCAGCCAAUGUAUCCCUGGCAGAUUUUGAGGCUUCUCUGGACAGAGUAACUCCCACUGCCAGCAGUAUAGUGGAAAAACAUCGUCAAUGGCAAGAAAAGAAUCACAAUCACAACUAAUGCAAAUACAAUUUUAUUAUGAAUAUAAUAAAGUUUUGGCGAUUAGGAUGAUU